GUGAUGGAGUACCUAAUUGGUGGAGAUGUCAAAUCUCUUCUGCAUAUUUAUGGAUAUUUUGAUGAAGAAAUGGCUGUCAAGUAUAUUUCUGAAGCAGCAUUGGCUCUUGACUAUCUUCACAGGCAUGGGAUAAUCCACAGGGAUCUGAAGCCAGACAAUAUGCUCAUUUCUAAUCAGGGCCAUAUAAAGCUGACAGACUUUGGGCUUUCCAGAGUUACUCUGAACAGAGAUAUAAAUAUGAUAGAUAUCCUUACUACACCAUCAAUGACAAAGCCAAAACAAGACUACUCACGUACUCCAGGACAGGUGUUAUCUCUCAUCAGUUCUCUGGGCUUUUAUACUCCUGUUGGAAUGAAAAUGCCAGGGCAAAAUUCAAGUCAAUCAUCUGACAGUCUGCAUGGAGCCAUUUCUCCCUUACCUAUGGUCCAAAAGGAAAAUAGUCCUCUUACAACUAAACUAUUCAAAACAUAUCUUGAUACUUCUCAAUUAACACCUGUGAUACCAGUGAGAAGUUUAACUCCUACUCUACUUCAGUCAAGGAAAAGGUUUGGUACCUCCAGUGUCAGUAGUCAGUCACACACGUAUCUGUCCAGUGUGGAAUCAGAUUUCUGCAGCAGCCCCAGGUGGGAGAAAGAUACAGAGCAAAGUAAAGAUGAACAGAGUUCUGCAACGUGCAAAGCAAGUAACAGUGGGUCAGAUCUCCCUUCGAAUGUUGAGUUACCGAAUAGCAAAGGUGUUGAAGCUUUCAAUAAAAAAGAACUUGAAUCUGCCAUUUCUCCCAUUGUCAGCAAUGAUUCUGGCAGUAGGCAGAAGCUGGAAAGUGAACGUUUGGAUAUAAUGGAUACUCCUGUGACCACACUGGAUGUGAAAGGCACAGUAAGAAAAUGUAUUUCUGAAAGUAAGAUUUGGGAAGAAAAUGUCAUUGUAAAUAAAAGAGAGAUGACUAAUGAAACAGUCAAAACUUCCAGUCUACCACGUUUACCUUCAAGGCAGAAUGAGCCCGUCAAAGAGGAAGAAAUUUUUGAAAAGCCAGGUAUGAAAAGAAGCUUUGCAUUAGUUGACACCAGUCCUUGUCAGGAACUUAACUAUGUUAAAAAAAGCAACGCAGAAUAUAAACGUGGCUGUCAGAUCUCAGAAUAUGCAGCGAGCAGCAGGACAGGUUUGACAACAGAAAUUCAGUCCUUAAUGCUUUGUGAUGGUGGAAGCCUACGUGACACCUGCAAGAGCAAUGAAGAAGUUAGGAGUUUUAUUAGUAACCACCAAACAGCAGAAAGGGUGCUUACUCCAACCAUAGCCAAAAAUCUUUUGUGUGAUUUGGAUGCAGACUACGAAAAGGAUGACAAAGAGCAGCAUAUGAACUUGAGUUUUUUGGGCACCGAUGAUGAAAAACCUCUAGGAAUCCUCAGUGCAGAUUCUGACUUAUCACUUCCUGAAAUGUCUGUUACAGAAAGCCGUUUAGAAAAGCAGCUUUUAGACUUAGACAAAAGUGUUAAAGAACUCUCUUUUGAGGAAUCAAAAUCUGAGGAUGUGCUAAUAACAUCACCAGAGCCCCAGGAUGCUUCGCAAAAUGGAGAGGAAGCAGAUGCAGUCCAGGACUGCAAGCUGUUACAUCAUGAAAAGGAUAAUGAUGAGAAACACAUGGAAGAAACUUACCUUGACACAGUAUCUGCUCCUUCAGAAAAGAUGAUGGAAGCACUGAAUGUCUUAAAAAAGAAUGCCGUUGUCUUCCGAAGUUAUGACAGUCCAAUGAAUGUAUCCAAUGUAUCUGAGCCAUGUAGCAUGGCUUCUUUAGACAUAAUGGGUCCUUCACCUGCUUGUAGUGGCUCUUACCCAACAGCCAUCACUCCAUUACAGAAAGGAAGACCAUAUUGGGUCUAUCAGACACCUCAUCAGGGAGAUGCUGGCACACCAUACAGGACUCCAAAGAGUGUAAGAAGAGGAGCUGCUCCAGUAGAAGGUGAACGCAUUCUGGGGACCCCAGACUACUUGGCACCCGAGCUGCUUUUGACAAAGCCUCAUGGUUCUGCUGUAGACUGGUGGGCCCUUGGAGUUUGUCUGUUUGAGUUUCUAACUGGAAUUCCACCUUUUAAUGAUGAAACACCAACACAAGUCUUCCAAAAUAUUCUGAAAAGAGAUAUUCCCUGGCCUGAGGGUGAAGAAAAGCUGUCUGAUAAUGCCCAAAAUGCAAUAGAUAUUCUUCUAACAAUCGAAACUAGUAAGAGAGCUGGACUGAAGGAGCUGAAGCAUCAUCCCCUCUUCCAUUGUGUGGACUGGGAUAACCUACAGAAUCAAACUAUGCCCUUUAUACCUCAGCCAGACGAUGAAACUGACACUUCUUACUUUGAAGCUCGAAAUAACGCUCAGCACCUGACUGUGUCUGGAUUUAGCUUAUAG